CUGUGCGUGUCGUUUAACGCACUCGCCGAUAGCAAGCUAACAUAUACGCUAGAGCGUUCAGUGUUACAGUGGCUGUCAAAAGCGUCACACGGAUAUGGUUUUCUGUGUACUGAACGUGAGUGGGUGAUUUUAGAUGCGUUUCCAAGUAAUACGAGUAUUAUCGCCAGCAUUCUAUGCACUUAAGUGUCAUAUUAUGUAAACAAUGUGUGAUUAUAAAAUAAAAAAAAAAUAAUAAUUAAUUUCAACGAAAAGUUUGUUAAACAAUAGAGUUGCACUACAAUUACUGCUAAGUGUUUGCGCGUCAGUGUAUUAGUGUGGCAACGUUAAACGAAGAAGGCGCAUGCAAAAUGCACACACUCCAAAGUGAUAAGAAUGCGCGAGCGCAACAACAACUACAAAAUUCACCUUUGCCUAAACGUUGUUGUAACAGUCAAAAUGUUUGUUCAAAGCGUUUGAAUGCAGACAAAUACAGUUCCUCAUGCAACGAAAGUACGCAAAAUAGCACAACAAGAUCAACAACUAAUCUUCCACCAUUCAAACAAUUCCAAAAUUUGCUACAACGCUGCCAUUCGUUAUUACUGCUAAAGAACAAAACAACUUUUAGCCGUAUUUCCAAUCGUCUUUGCUCGCGAUCUAGUCAGCUGCGACCGCAGCACGUCGCGCUUCCGUUUGCGGCGGGUUAUCAACUAAGUUCAACGGCAGUUAUUAAGAAGAAAACUACAAUAACAACAAAGCGCAGUGUUAUCGCAAAUUGUAGUAUUUUCAGCAGCUGGACGCCACAACUAUAUUUAAACAACAAAAGUGCACGUCAACUGACACGUUCCCCAUCAUUGGUCCUACUUACCCUACUGCUAGUGUGGUUUUCGCAUUUAAUUGGCAGCUCCUUUGCGGCACCACAAUCUUGUGUACACUGUGAUAUAAGUAAUUUUAAAGAGAAAGCGCCUAAUAUGCAAGCGGCAUAUGAGGAAUAUCAUUUCGAGCAUCAGGUGACGCGUUUGGAUGCAAUAACGGCGUUGAAGACAUUUAAUGUCAGCGAUUAUGGUGAACCCUCCGGUUGCGCUAUCAACUGCUCAGAUAAGGUCAUGAAAUAUUGUUUAGGACAACAAUUUAUCAACGAUCACUGUUGGUGUGAAUUGGGACACACGGAUGAGGGUCUGCCGUUUGUGCCACACAUUUGUUAUGUGGGUGAGAAGCUUUAUAAGGCUACCGUUGGCUCUUGCUUUUUCUACGAGCAGGUGAAAGAGUGCUGUUGUGCGCCGGUUUUGGCAAAACAAUGGCGAUAUAUUUCGGUAGCUGCCCGACAAGUGAGCACUGGUUCUUUAUUGCUGCUGGCCGUUCUAUUAACAAUUUUAAACGUCGCUAGCAGGUACACUGUUAAUGUUUAGGAUAUAAAAUGCAAAGGAAACAAUAAAUUGAAUGUGCUAACAAAACAAUUAUACUCAGUGCAACAUGUUUCGGUGGCAUAAAAACGCAAAAUCAACUCUUCAAAUAAUGUUCGUAGUGAUAAGUAUAUGCAAAGUCAAUGUAACUGAAGAGGUCAUCAGUUCAUCAAUGUGCUGCUGGUCACGCUUAUUGUUUCUGAAAAUUACAGAAGCUAAGUUAAAAAGCAUAAGCCUAUAAUGAAUGAAAUGUGGAAAAGGAAUGUAUUGGAAUGCUCAUACUUCAAAAAUGAACCAGUCUUUUUCGAAACCUGCGCAAAAAAUCAGUCAAAGAAUAAGAGAACGUUGUGUCCUGUGAAGAACACAGAUUAUACAAGAACGUCUUGAAUAUUUUAGCAAAUCAAUUUACAAAUAUACAUACCAAACCACACUUGAAGCCAUCAUACCAAAGAAGUGUAAUAUUACUAAAGUGUACACACUUGAGACUAAGCACCUUUUCUAAUGCUAACCAAAUAUAUUUUACUAUUUUGGAUUUUAAAAACACUCUUUCUUUACCUUUAUUGCAAAACUGAUGAUUUCGACGACGAGAACUCACAACAACAAUAACUAAACGAAUGUGUUAAACUAGUUUUAAGCGAAUUUUUAAUAAAAACAAUUUAAACGAAACGUUUUUAAAUAAAAAAAAAAAUGAUGAAUUGAAUAUUAAAAUGUAAAUAUACACGUGAAUAUGUGUUCAAAAGUUGGUACAUGAUUAAAUCAUUUAAGAACUGCAUAAAAAUAUUUCAAAUUAUUUCGCUGUCAUAUAUGCAAGCUGUUGUCAUACUAUUUUUAAUACACUUAAUUUAAUGUAAAGCUGUACAUGUAUAAAUAUGAUUUAAAUGUAAAUAAACAUAAAAAAGUAACAAGUCGUGUUAGUAUAGUUUUUAGGUUAUGAAGUAGUAUUUUGUAAAUACAGUAAUAUGCAUAUGUAUGUAU